UUCAAAGGCAAAGGGCACGAGGUCUGCUAGAAAGAAUUCGUCCUGUCGUGGAGAUCGCCUUAUGGCUAACUGCUUCCCAAAGUUCUCGGAUGCCGCCCGGCUACUGAACUUUUAUCAAUUAUGGCUCGACGAUUUGUACCCUCGUGCGAAGUUUGCGGAUGGUUUAGCUAUGAUUGAGAAGCUCGGGCAUUCGAAACGCUUGCAGACAAUGCGCAGAGAAUGGAUAGAAGAGGAGAAGCCUAAGCUAUCCGCAGCUGAAUCUGAAGUUGUACCGGAAAAAAAGAUGUCAAGCCAGCGUUCCCACGAUGAUGAAAUCCCCAUUGAACAUGGCCAUGAUGCAGACACAGUCUCUUCCCACAAAGGUGGUAUGACACAGGUAUCUCCAGCACAUGGCUUUGAGUGGCGAGCCGCCCCUUCAUCAAGAGGCGCUCCAGCCCAGAAAUUGUUUUUGUCGGAUGAGGAAAGUGUUCCGAUGGAGAUGAUCGAACAAGGUGCCCCUGAUGAUGAUGAGCUGGAUGCUCUUCUUCGGGAGCACGAGGACGGAAAUACUAGCAAGAACAGUUCGGCAGGACCAGUUAUAUCGGCCGGCGUCAAUAUGUCUUUGUGACCAAAGUUCCCUAAACAACUUGAAUACGUCGGAUGGUGCUUCUUCUGCUUAGAUGCAAUACUCGCUAAACCCUGAUCUUGGUACGUUUCGCAAAGUGCUUCUAUGUAAUAAAUAUAACUAAAUGUGAUAAAGAGAUGUUGUCAAAUACUCUUAUUUUCGUCUCUCUCUUUGCUCUCACCUGGA